CGGACCCAGGAGGCCCAAGGAGCUGGCCGAGACCCUGAGGUAGCAAGACCCCAGAGGAAGGGUGUGAGCCCCGCAGAGGACUGUGCCUGUGCUACACCCCAGGCUGGGCUCCUGUUAGGCGGGGGUGCCUGUGCCCAGGCAGCGGCUCAGAGGCAGCUGCUCCAUGCAGAGCUAAAGCUGGUUCUGCAGCAGAAGGGAGAGAGGAAGCAGGAGCCUGGGGCUCGGGUGACUCCCAGCUGUGCCAUGGAGGCCAGGAGCCGGAGCGCUGAGGAGCUGAGGCGGGCGGAGUUGGUGGAGAUCAUCGUGGAGACUGAGGCGCAGACCGGGGUCAGCGGUAUCAACGUAGCAGGCGGCGGCAAAGAGGGAAUCUUUGUCCGCGAGCUUCGGGAGGACUCGCCCGCGGCCAGGAGCCUCAGCCUGCAGGAAGGAGACCAACUACUGAGCGCCCGUGUGUUCUUCGAGAAUUUCAAGUACGAGGACGCACUACGUCUGCUGCAAUGUGCCGAGCCUUACAAGGUCUCCUUCUGUCUGAAGCGCACUGUGCCCACCGGGGACCUGGCGCUGCGGCCUGGCACCGUGGCCGGCUACGAGAUCAAGGGCCCACGGGCCAAGGUGGCCAAGCUGAACAUCCAGAGUCUGUCCCCCGUGAAGAAGAAGAAGAUGGUGAUGCCCGGGGCCCUGGGGGCCCCUGCAGACCUGGCCCCUGUUGACGUCGAAUUCUCCUUUCCCAAGUUCUCCCGUCUGCGUCGGGGCCUCAAAGCCGAGGCUCCCAAGGGUCCCGUCCCAGCUGCCCCAGCCCGCCGGCGCCUCCAGCUGCCUCGGCUGCGCGUCCGAGAAGUGGCAGAAGAGGCCCAGGCAGCCCGGCUGGCCGCUGCUGCUCCUCCCCCAAGGAAAGCCAAAGUGGAGGCUGAGGUGGCAGCAGGAGCCCGUUUCACAGCCCCCCAGGUGGAGUUGGUUGGGCCCCGGCUGCCAGGCGCCGAGGUCGGUGUCCCCCAGGUCUCAGCCCCCAAGGGACUGGGAGAGGUGGCUCUCCACCUGCCAAGCCUUGGACUAGGAGCCCCCACUGCCCCUGCUGUGGAGCCUGUGGCCCUAGGGAUCCAGGUCCCCCAAGUGGAGCUGCCCACCUUACCAUCGCUCCCCACUCUGCCCACACUUCCCUGCCUGGAAACCCGGGAAGGGGCUGCGGCCGUGACGGUGCCCACUCUGGAUGUGGCAGCGCCUGCCAUAGGAGUGGACCUGGCCUUGCCAGGUGUGGAGGUGGAGGCCCGAGGAGAGGCACCUGAGGUGGCCCUGAAGAUGCCCCGCCUCAGUUUUCCCCGAUUCGGGACUCGAGCAAAGGAAGUCGCCGAGGCCAAGGUGGCCAAGGGCAGCCCUGAGGCCAGGGUGAAGGGGCCCAGACUUCGGAUGCCCACCUUUGGGCUUUCGCUCCUGGAGCCCCGGCCGACUGCUGCCGAAGCUGCUGUCGAGAGCAAGCUGAAGCUGCCCACCAUCAAGAUGCCCUCGUUUGGCCUUGGGGUCUCAGCCCCUGAGGUCAAGGUGCCCAAAGGGCCUGAGGUGAAGCUCCCGAAGUUGCCGGAGAUGGCCGUGCAGGUGCGGCUCCCCGACGUUCAGCUCCCCAAAGUCCCCGAGAUGAAGCUCGACGAGAUGAAGCUCCCAAAGGUGCCAGAGAUGGCCGUGCCCGAGGUGCGGCUCCCCGACGUUCAGCUCCCCAAAGUCCCCGAGAUGAAGCUCCCCGAGAUGAAGCUCCCGAAGGUGCCAGAGAUGGCCGUGCCCGAGGUGCGGCUCCCCGACGUGCAGCUCCCCAAAGCCCCCGAGAUGAAGCUCCCCGAGAUGAAGCUCCCGAAGGUGCCAGAGAUGGCCGUGCCCGAGGUGCGGCUCCCCGACGUGCAGCUCCCCAAAGCCCCCGAGAUGAAGCUCCCCGAGAUGAAGCUCCCGAAGGUGCCAGAGAUGGCCGUGCCCGAGGUGCGGCUCCCUGACGUGCACCUCCCCGAGAUGAAGCUCCCGAAGGUGCCAGAGAUGGCCGUGCCAGAUGUGCAACUCCCAGAGGUAGGCCUCCCCAAAGUGUCAGAGAUGAAGCUCCCGAAGGUGCCGGAGAUGGCUGUGCCCGAGGUGCGGCUCCCCGACGUGCAGCUGCCGAAAGUCCCUGAGAUGAAGCUCCCCGAGAUGAAGCUCCCUGAGAUGAAACUGCCAGAGAUAAAACUCCCCAAGGUGCCCGAGAUGGCUGUGCCCGAGGUCCACCUCCCGGAGGUGCAGCUGCCAAAGGUGUCAGAGAUUCGACUGCCAGAAAUGCAGGUGCCCAAGGUCCCAGAGGUGCAUCUUCCGAAGGCGCCCGAGGUGAAGCUGCCCAAGGCUCCGGAGGUGCAGCUAAAAGCCGAGCAGGCAGAGGGGAUGGAAUUUGGCUUCAAGAUGCCCAAGAUGACCAUGCCCAAGCUAGGGAGGGCAGAGUCUCCAUUGCAAAGCAAGGCAGGCGAGGCAGGGGCUGAGGUCUCUGGGAAGCGGGUGACACUGCCCUGUCUGCAGCCAGAGGUAGGUCCCGAGGCUCGUGUGGGCGUCCCCACUCUCACACUGCCCUCCGUGGAGCUAGACCUGCCGAGGGCCCUCAGCCUGGAGGGGCAGGUCCCAGCAGCCGAAGUGGGCAAGGUGGAGCGGGCAGAGGGCCCUGGGGUGGCCGCAGGGGUCGGGGAAGUGGCCUUCCGAAUGCCCUCUGUUGAAAUCGUCACGCCACAGUUGCCCACUGUGGAAGUAGAGGAGGGGCGGCUUGAGGUGAUGGAGAUGAAAGUCAAGCCCUCCUCCAAGUUCUCCCUGCCCAAGUUUGGACUCUCGGGGCCCAAGGUGGCCAAGGCAGAGGCUGAGGGGGCUGGGCGAGCCACCAAGCUGAAGGUGUCCAAGUUCGCCAUCUCACUCCCCAAGGCCCGAGCGGGGACUGAGGCUGAAGUGAAAGGGGCAGGGGAGGCAGGCCUGCUGCCUGCCCUCGAUCUGUCCAUCCCGCAGCUCAGCCUGGACGCCCGUCUGCCCACAGGCAAGGUGGAGGUGGCAGGGGCUGACGUCAAGGUCAAGGGGCCGAGGUUUGUCCUGCCCAAGUUUGGGGUCAGGGGCCGGGAUGCUGAGGCAGGAGAACUAGCGCCAGGGGUGGCCGAGUUGGAGGGCAAGGGCUGGGGUUGGGAUGGGAAGGUGAAGAUGCCCAAGUUGAAGAUGCCCUCCUUUGGGCUGGCUCGGGGGAAGGAAGCUGAAAUCCAGGGUGGGCAUGUCAGCCCAGGAGAAAAGCCCGAGUCCGUGGCUGGGCAGCUUAAGAUCCCUGAGGUGGAGCUGGUCACCCUGGGGGCCCAGGAGGAAGGGAGGGCUGAGGCGGUAGUAGCUGUCAGUGGCGAACGGCUGUCAGGCCCCCAAGUGUCCGUGACCAGGCCGGCAGGCACUGAGGGCCAGGAGGGGGCGCUGAGGAUGCCCCUGGGCAUCUCCCUGCCCCAGGUCGAGCUGUCUGGCUUCGGGGAGGCCGGCCUGGGCACCACCACUGGACCACAGGUCAAGGGUGCAGCCCUGUCAGUGGAGAGUGCAGCAGGCUACAGGGUCCAGGUGCCUCAGGUGACUUUGUCUCUGCCUGGAGCCCAGGUGGCAGGUGGCGAGCUGUUGGUAGGUGAGGGCGUCUUCAAGAUGCCUGCUGUGUCGGUGCCCCAGGUUGAGCUGGACGUGGGGCUGGGCCGAGAGGCGCAGGUGGGUGAGGCAGCCACAGGCGAGGGGGGCUUGAGCCUGAAGAUGCCCACACUGGGGGCCAGAGCUGAGGCUGGGGAAGAGGGGUCUGGAGACCAGUCCCCAGGGGCCGAGCGCACCUUCCACCUCUCACUACCCGACGUCGAGAUCUCCCCACCCACCGUGGGUGGCCAUGCUGAGUACCAGGUGGCAGAGGGCGACGGGGAGGCCGGACACAAGCUCAAGGUGCGGCUGCCCCGAUUUGGCCUGGUUCGGGCCAAGGAGGGCGUUGAAGAGGGUGAGAAGACCAAGAGCCCCAAACUCAGGCUGCCACGAGUGGGCUUCAGCCAGAGCGAGGCAGUCCCUGGGGAGAGCUCCCCCAGCCCCGAGGAGGAAGAGGAGGAGGGUGGCGGGGAAGGGGCCUCUGGGCGCCGAGGCAGAGUCCGGGUCCGCUUGCCCCGUGUGGGCCUGGCCACCCCGUCUAAGGCCUCUCGGGGCCAGGAGGGCGAGGCAGCCCCCAAGUCCCCUGGUGGGGAGAAGUCACCCAAGUUCCGCUUCCCCCGGGUGUCCCUAAGCCCCAAGGCCCGGAGUGGGAGUGGGGACCAGGAAGAGGGUGGAUUCCGGGUUCGGCUGCCCAGUGUGGGGUUUUCAGAGACAGGGGCUCCAGGCCCUGCCAGGAUGGAGGGGGCUCAGGCUGCUGUCGUCUAAAGCCCCAGAGCAGAGGGAACGUCCCCUCCCAUUCCCUAUUCCUGCCUCCUUCUUGUUUUGUGUGUGAGAUAACUAGCACUAACGCCUCAGAGGGCCGGGAGGUGGCUGACUGACCGGGACCGGGCCAGGGAGGCCUCAUGCCUGGCUCACUGGCAGGAGGGCCUGUAUCUUGCCGAACCAUGUGAAUAAAAUAAUCCAGAG